GAGAGCGACCUGGCCCCGGGGUUGUAGCGCACCCCUGCUGCCAGGCGCUGCGGGGCGGACCCCGUCCAGGCUGGCCGCCGCCUUUGCCAACUCGCGCGCCCGCCCGGCUCCGUCCCUCCUCUCGCUGUCCUGCCACAUCUUCCUCUGCCUCCCACUCGAGGGACCAUGUCGCGGCUCAGCUGGGGAUACGGCGAACACAACGGUCCUAUUCAUUGGAAUAAAUUUUUCCCGAUUGCUGAUGGGGAUCAGCAAUCUCCAAUUGAGAUUAAAACCAAAGAAGUGAAAUAUGACUCUUCCCUGCGACCUCUGAGUAUCAAGUAUGAUGCAAACUCAGCCAAAAUCAUCAGUAAUAGUGGCCAUUCCUUCAGCGUUGACUUCGAUGACACAGAAGACAAAUCAGUUCUGCGUGGGGGUCCUCUCACUGGAAACUACAGGCUGCGGCAGUUUCACCUGCAUUGGGGGUCUGCUGAUGAUCACGGCUCUGAACAUGUGGUGGAUGGAGUGAGAUACGCUGCAGAGCUCCAUGUUGUUCAUUGGAAUUCAGACAAAUAUCCCAGCUUUGUUGAGGCAGCUCAUGAGCCAGAUGGACUAGCUGUUUUGGGAGUAUUUUUACAGAUUGGUGAACACAAUUCUCAACUGCAAAAGAUUACUGACAUUUUGGAUUCCAUUAAAGAAAAGGGUAAACAAACUCGAUUCACGAAUUUUGACCCAUUAUCUCUGCUUCCUCCGUCCUGGGACUACUGGACAUACCCUGGUUCCCUUACGGUCCCACCUCUUCUUGAGAGUGUCACAUGGAUCGUUUUAAAACAACCUAUAAAUAUCAGCUCUCAACAGCUGGCCACGUUCCGCACUCUCCUCUGUACCGCGGAGGGCGAAGCAGCAGCUUUUCUGUUGAGCAAUCACCGUCCGCCACAGCCUCUGAAGGGCCGAAAAGUGAGAGCCUCUUUCCAUUAAAAGUUGUCACCAGUCGACCACCCCAAACAAGUCGGUGCAGAAAAAAACAAAACACAAAAAUCCCUAGUAACAGUUCUUUCCCGGGAUUCUGGUUUACAGGUACCAUAUGGCUGCUGUCAGCUUCAGUACCACAAAGAUCAGAUCUCUUUAAUCAAACUAAUAACUUAACUCAUCUGUCUCAGAUUUUCCCUCAUGGGUUUCCAAACAGUAAACAUUGUUUGAUGUGUGUUAAAACCCAUGAAGUGCAUCUACUUCAACCUGUGUGAAAACAUGGCAGGCAUCACAAAUCUCAGAAUGUAUUAAGAUUUUCCCCUUGCCCUAGAGAUUGAAUCAGUCAUACCUCUCAGUGAUGUUUGGUGAAAAAUUUAAAUUCUUUUCCAGAAUGAUAAGAUUGUGGUAUCUUUUUCUACACAAAUGAGUCAGCUUGCUGUCUUGUUAUCAUUCCAAUUCAUAAAAAGUCAAUAAUACUUCCUUUUAAAGUGAA